AUGCUCAACUCCCUCCGUCGAUCUUUCGGCAUGAGCCCGAGCUCAUCCAGCAUCCACGCUGACUACACGGCAACCAACGACGUCCCUGCUAGCGUCCUCUCCCCAUCCAACAAGCCUAACACCUUCGUCCCCAUCCGCCGUUCAAACAGCUUCACCAACUUCUUCUCCUCUUCACCUCCUUCUUCGCCGAUCAAGGAGAAUUUUGACCAGAGCCCUUCCAAAACAAUGACUUCUUCAGCCAAGGCUUCCUUUUCAGCAGCCUGCGAAGAGACAGCUCCGGACCCGGUGCUCGCCUUCCUCAUCCUGCUCGACAAGAAAGGCCGGCAGAUGGAGCGCUUUCCUAUCCAAGGCCUCAUGACCACCAUGGGUCGAUCCUUGGAGAAUGACGUUCGCUUCCUGGGCAGCGAUAUCAGCCGACACCAUUGCACAAUCGAGAUCGAGAUCGAGCAGGAGCAGAGUACAGAUGGCACCAAGGCUUUCUUGCAGGUCCUUGGUGUCAAUGGCGUCUUACUCAACAGUACACAAGUGUACCCAGCACCUCGCGGAAAGGGAAGAUACGAGCUAGCCACAGGAGACUCGAUCGUCAUCGCCAAACGACCGUUCCUGUUCGAGCUUCCUCAGAAGCCAACGCAGACUGCAGCUCCUAGCAUCUUCACCUCACCAGUCAAAGGCAGUGCACAAUCUGCGGUGCCCCAGACUCCUGCCACGACAAUCAACAGACGGGUCAGGAUGAGUCUCGUCAACGCAGCUCAAAUAGAUACACCUUCCAAGCCCUCUGCAGCAAGGCAGCUUGCUUCACUAUCCAAGACGAACAACGCAGAGCGAGAAGCUCGCCGAGCGAACGGUCUGCAGCGCUUCAUCCAGUCAGCUGGUGUCAGUCCUUCAAAAGCCAACAAGUCGGGUCGACAAAGUCUCUCUUUAUCCACAUCGACAAGCAACAUCUUUGCCACUCCAGUCAAGAGCCGCAGCACAACAGUGGAGCCAAAGACUGCACCACCGAAUCAGGUCAGUUUCAGCUUGCGCUCCAGCGGAUACUCUGGCAGGAUGAGCCCGGUUAAGCAGAUGAGGAUGAUGCCUCCUCUCGACACGAUGAAUGAGGAGCAGGAUGGAAGCUUCUGUAGCGAGGACGAGCAACUGCAGGAGCAACAAGAGGUGCAAGAGGAGGCUGAGGACCAAGAGGAGUCGGCUGAGGACAUUGUCAUCGUCGAAGAGAUCGAGCAGGAGCAGGCUCAACCAGCAGCUCCCAUGGAAGAGGCUGAGGAGGUGGCUCCUGUAACCUACGACAACGCAAGUAAAGAUAGAGAGAACCUCGAGAACAUUUUUUCGACUCAAAGCAGCAGCUCUACCCCAGCAGGCUCACCAAGCAAGAGCGUUAGUCCAAAGCGAGCAAAGCGUCGCAGCAGCUUCUUCGGUCGUUCUGGUCCUUUCGCUGGCAUGAGUCUCGGAUUCUACGCUGAAGAGCGCUCCGAGCCUGCUCCUGUGGAACCAGAACAACAACCACCACAGCCUGAAUUGCCCGCGGAGGAGUUCUCUGACGCCUCCGGCGCUGAGCCCACCCCAAUGGAAGACGAGCAACCCCUCUUGUCACCCAUCACUCACCGCGUCUCUUCAAGGCCGAUGAAGCUCGGUAUCAGCAAGACCCCUUCCCCGGUCAAGAAGCAGCACUUCAUCGGUCUCACUCCUCUUCCUCGUCGACCUCGUCUCUCGCUCGCAACCAAGCGUAACGUCUCGCUUCGAACCAAGACGCUUCUUCGCUCGAGUGAAGCUUAUGCCGAUCGACUGUUCCUCCCUCCUCCUCCACCCACACCUUCCAGCCCAGAAUCCGGCGGACUGUCAAAGAGUGUGUCGAUGCCUUCCAAUCUGUCUGCUAUGACGCCUCCGCCUGCUUUCGACACCUCUUCCUGUUCCGCUGUGGAGGAUGUCCAGGAGCUGCAACAAAGCGAGGAAGUCUGCAAAGAAGUCUGCGAAGAAGUCCGCGAAGAAGACGACUUCGAGUCGCGCCUCGACCCAGCGCUAAGCGAAGAAGCACAACCACAAGCAUGGAAAGGCGACUCAGAUGACGAAGACGAAGUCGACCAGAGCUUGUCUUGUCUCUCUCCCUCCCCUCAGAAGACUGCACCAUCGUACCUCUUCAGCCCCGUCAAGACCUCAUCUCUGCCACACUUUGCGACACCUCAGCCGAUGUCCAAGUCACACGCGCGCCGCAUCUCUAUGCCUCCCAUCGGUGUUGCUGAUGCAAAGCCAUCCAACCGCUCAGCUUUGGUUCGACUGCAAAUCAGCGGUUCAGGUGAGCGCAUCGUUCACGAGAACCCCCGCAAGCCAGAAGCGCCACAGGUGGAACAAGCCUCGCCAUCGAAGGCACGCAAAGUUGCCCGGGUCUCUGAGGUUGGCCUUCCAGCAACUGAACUAUCUAUGGGCUUCGACGUCCUUCAGGGCGCGUCAGCUGAGCAAGAGCCAGAGGAGAUCGCCGAAGCACUCAACGACCUCUUCAACGCCGAAGAGGAAGAGCUUACUGACGUCGAAGAAGAGCCAGAGAAACAAGAGGAGAUUGUUCAGAUCAACUCCAGUCCCGCCCGCCGCUCGGCCCCGCAGAUGCCACCGCAAACACCAGCAGCACUCAACUCUAUCCGUCACAUGUUCUCUGCUGCUGCUAACACUGCCCCCGCCACACCUGACAUGAAUGGUCUCGCUACCAUGCUGCAGACUAGUCCGGAGAAGACAGCACAGUACGGAACACUGGGUGACAGGAUGCGUGCUAACCCAGAGAUCAGUCAAUUGCUGAGCCCUGCUAACGCCUCGCGCCGAAAGGAGGCCGAGGUAGAAGCUAGUCCGAUCAGGGGUAGGAGGGGAGUUCGAAGCAGCGAGGUUGCUGAAAUGCCUGUUGCGCUGCCGGCUACGCCAAAGGCGAGUGUUGCAAGAGAAGCCUCGUCGCUGCCAUCGCCAUUUGUCCAGGCAGAACGGGAGCCAGAGCCAGCUUUCGAGGCUGAGCUUUACGUUACCAUGUUCGAUGCAGCCGAGAUGGACGCUCAGAACGAGGCCAUUAUACAGGCAUUCGCUGAAGCAGAGGAGCAGCAGGGAAGUGAGCAGGGAGGAGUUCUUGAGCAGGAAGCUGACCUCGAGCCAGAAGCUGGCUUUGAGCAAAAGGCCGAACCAGAGCCGAUCUACCAGCCGGACCCUGAUGAGGAGCUCGUUCAAGAUGCUCCGCUCGAGGAGGUCGCAACAGAAGAGCCUGUCGCACUGUCAGACAGCGCCGAGCAGGCACACGUCGAGGAAGAACAAGUUGUCGAACCUGUCCACGAGGCUGCCAUCGUCAAGGAGUCUGUCAUAGAGGAGCCCAUCAUUGUAAAGCCGGUAGCUGCGGAGCCUUCCCUUGUGAAGCCCCGAGCAGCUUCCGAAUCUCCAACCAAGCGUACCGCCGCUCGUUCAGAUUCUCCUACCAAGCGCAAUACUCGAUCCUCCCCUGUCAAGCGUGCUUCUGCCGCUGAGCCUAACGGGGUUUUUGAAGAGGAAUCCUCGGCACCAGUCGUCGAAGAAGUACCCGUCGAGUCCUCGUCCCCAACCAAGCCGACACGUCGCACAGGAGGCCGCAAAGCCAAGCUUGCAGCAACAGAAGCCAUUUCAGCAGGCUUCACAGUCGAAGUCCCUCCACCUACCUCCUCACCGCAAAAACCAGCUGGUCGAACCAAGGCAGCUGCUGCCUCAAAGAAGGCCGAAGCUCAGGCUGCCGAACCCGAGCACGAUGAAAGAGAAGUGGCGGAAGAAGAAGCGCCACCAAAGGUACGCUCUACUCGAACUCGAACAACCCGCCCUGCUGCAGCUCCAGCUAAAGCUGUUAGAAGCACGAGAAAUAGGGGCGCCAAGGAUGCACAGCCGUCUUCUAGUGCUGGAUUUGGUGAUGAUGAGGCAAGUGAGGCUGAGGAGGAGGCGAAGGGUAAGAAGAUCGUGAAGGCGAGAACUGCAGCUGCUCCGAAGAGCAAGUCGACAAGGAGUACGCGGGCUGCAGCUGCGGUGGAGGACAGCGACUCGGACCUAGCUGAAGUCAAGGAGCAAGAAGAGGCACCCAAACCCAAAACCCGCGCCACACGAGCGAAGGCUGCUCCAGCAACCACUAGCAGGAGUAAAGCUAGAAAAGCUGAUGCAGAAGAGGCUGCAACAUCUUCUUCGGCUACCACCACACGCUCGGGCCGUACGACUCGACGCACCGCUGCCGCCAAGUAA